AUGGCUAUGCAACUUCGUCCUAGGGUUUCUUUGGGAUCACUCCCCACUCCUUCUGUCAAAAUCGGUAGGGGAAGGGGCAGGGCCGUAAAGACCAAGGUUUUAGAGGCUGUCAGCAGGGACAGUGUUUCCAAUAUGGUCAAUGUCGAGAGGCAGAGUGUUACCCACCAUAAAAAUGAGGCUAUUGAAUGGGCUCAGGCUCCCAAAUUUCAUCAGAAUGAUGGUGGGAAGAUUUCCCUUCCAAACAAAGUUUCUCCAGGAGUAGAGGCGGGCAUCAAGAGAGAAGCUGUCGGGGGCGAAGAAGAAAAAGUAAAAGAAGAAUCCGAUGAAGAUAGCAAAUCACCCGGCCUUCUCGAUGGCCAGUCCGACCUUGACGAUGAAAUCAGGACCAGAAAUAGGAAACUGGCUUAUGCCUUGGGCACGACGCCUUUUCCUGGCCAUAAACUUCCGACACCCCACAACGUCGAAGAGGUAGUUGCCCUCCUCACAGUAGCACAUGGGCCAGCAACCCGCCCGGACAAAGUCCCAAAGCCGGAUAAUUCUGUCUCUGGAUGCGGGGAAGUUCCAUCUGUCUUGGACGCAGUGAUCCGCACUCUCCUCUCGGCCAACACCCACAACAGUAAUUCAUCGAAGGCGUUUGCAGGUCUUAUUGAUAGAUUUGGCCUUGUGCCCGAGUAUGGCGAAGUAGAAGGUGUCAAGGGGAGAAGUGACGCGGGCACUGUGGAUUGGGAUGCCGUGCGCAGGGCUGAUCUUGACGAUGUCGUCAAUUCUAUCCGCAAGGGUGGCAUGGCUCCUACAAAGGGUAGAAGAAUCAAGAACCUUCUUGAUGCUGUCUGGAAGGAGAGCAUCGAGCGGAAGCGUGCUGAGAGGAUCAAGAAAGAGGGCUCUGCGAAACAGGAAGAUGAAGAGACCAUCAAGAAGGAACCUCUCGACAAUUACAGUAUCGAUGACGAAGACGGUGACCUAUCCCUGGAUUACAUCCACAAACUGACCGAUGAGGAAGCCCGCGAGAAGCUCACAUCUUUUGAUGGUGUCGGUCCCAAGACAGCUAGCUGUGUUAUGCUCUUCUGUGAUUAGCCCCUUCCACCCACUCAGAUUUCGGUCACUGAUGAUUCCCUCCAGGUCUCCAACGCGACUCUUUCGCCGUGGACACGCACGUCUUCAGACUAUCCAAAUUCCUCAAAUGGGUCCCGGCGAAGGCAACCAGAGAGACCACCUACGCUCAUCUCGACGUUAGAGUCCCUGCCGAACACAAGUACGCAUUGCACAACCUCCUUAUCCGCCACGGCCGUACCUGCAAAGAAUGCAAGGCCGGUCCAAAGCAUAGGGGCAAAAAGCGUGCCUCCUCCGAAACCUCCCUGGACCUCUCCCCCGGACCUGGGCCAAAGAUGAGAAAGGUCUGGAUCGGCACCGGGAUGAUGAAGGAAAUCCUCGUCGAGGUUCCUGAUACCGGUCAGGAGGGCGAAGCGGAGUCUGAGAAGUGUGUUCUUAGGGCUUUGCUCAAGCGUCAACGCGAUGAGAAGGCUAAGGCUAAAAUGGAAGCCAAGGAAGGGAUGGAUGCGAAGACUAAGGGCGAAGGUGGUGGAGUCGAUGUCGUCUAG